AAAUCUCUGCCGGCUUUCUCGUGCUUCUCGCCAUGGCUUCUUCAUCUACCCUCGCCUUUCUAAUUGUUGGAUCUUCCAUCGCUUGCUGUUUGAGCUUCGAUGGGUUCUUCCUUUCGCCCCUUAUGCUGUUACCGAACUCCAGGAUGCCUUUUCGAUUUAGCAAGCAACAUCCACGCAGUUGUUGUUUUUUUUGUUAACUUAAAUUGAUUUUUUUUUUUCUCAUUCUUUUCAUUGGAAUAGAACAGCAUGUAGCUAGCGCCGGAAUAUGUUUUCCUUUUUCUUUGCAUUUAUCAGCACAGGGGGCGAGCUUUUUCUAAUAUUGGCCAUAUGUGAAAGUAUACGAACCUCGCACUUUAUGAAUGUCCUCUGCAUUUUGAGAUGAUUACACGGCAAGCAACUAAGAGACGCAGGAAUUCUGGAGAUUCUGUGUUGGUUUUGCUUGACUCAGAUCCCGAGGACGAGCCGUCAAGGAAGCUCAGGAAUAGUACAUGCACUAAUUUUAUCCGCGAUAAAAAACUUGCUUCUAACUUGUUUCAGACUUUGCUAGAAGAUUUAUGGAGCAAGAUUCCGGUUGAAAAAACGUGGCCCUGCACAUAUCUUGAUUGUUUAUGGUUUUCUCUGUAUAAGGAUGAUUUGAUGAGAGAAAAGGUACUAAAUUGGAUUAAAAGGAAGCAGAUAUUCACGGCAAAAUAUACCUUCAUCCCAAUCGUUUGCUGGGGCCACUGGAGCCUUCUAAUAUUAUGUCAUUUCGGAGAACCACAGCAAAUGAGACCAAGGAUACCAUUUAUGUUACUUCUGGAUUCUCUUCAUGAGACAGAGCCAAGAAGAUUAGAACAGGAUAUUAGGAGGUUCAUUCUUGAUGUCUAUAGAUCACAAGAAAAGGAAGAGAAUAGUGAUUCUAUAGCUAAAAUUCCUCUUUUUCUUCCUGAGGUGCCACAACAAACCAAUGGUGAAGCAUGUGGCAUCUAUGUACUGUAUUUCAUACAUCUUUUUAUACAUAGUAUCCCUUCAAGCUACACACAAGAAGGAUGGCCGUGUUUUCUCAACAAGGACUGGUUUACAGUAGAAGAACUUGAAAGCUUUCGCAAGGAAAUUUUUGCCUGGAACUUUGAUACAGCAAUGGUGAAUCCCGGAGAGCAACCACCUUCCCCCGUUAUUUUCACUCCAGUACUAGUAGAACGAUGAGCGCAAACAGAUAAAAAUCAGAUGGUUUUGCUCUCUGGCAGAUUUUGCUACUGGAAGCCUCAAUGACACUCUAAUUCCAGACAUUUCAUCCCUACUACUUGUAUAUAUUACUCAGUAAAUCUCGAAACUCAUAGGAGACAGGCACAAACCCCAAACCCAUAACAAUAGGAUGGUUUUGCCAUCUCGCAGAUUUUGCUCCUGGAAGCCUUAACGACACUGUUAUUCCAGAUACCUCAUCACUGUAUAUCUAGUCAGUAAAAAGCAACUGAACAAUGGUGUAUAUAUUCAUUUUGUUAGUAAGUAUAUUCGAAAACUGCUUGAUA